AUGAGAAAACAAACAUGCAACAUUCUCCUGAUCUGUGUGGUCAUCAGCUCCAUCACGGUGUUUUAUCUUGGCCUCAGCACAAUAGAUUGUCCCAAUGCCCGUUCUCGAUCGGCACAUCAUGGGUGGGCAGUAAAUCUACACGGUGGCAGAAACCUAAGUGACCCGUUACAACUCCCUGAGGAGUACAAUGAGGAAACCCCUCUUAUUUUUAUUGGUGGAGUCCCUCGUAGCGGGACCACACUAAUGCGGGCUAUGUUGGACGCCCACCCUCACGUUCGGUGCGGAGAGGAGACCCGUGUCAUCCCCCGGCUGUUAGCCAUGCAAGCCUCCUGGAGUCACUCCGCACGUGAGCGGCUCCGUCUCGAUGAGGCUGGCGUCACCGGUGAGGUCCUGGACUCUGCUGUACGUGCCUUCCUGUUGGAGAUCAUAGUGGGGCACGGCGAGCCCGCUCCGAGGCUCUGCAAUAAGGACCCGUUCGCUCUGAAGUCCCUCUCCUACCUCUCCAAGCUCUUCCCAAAAGCGAAGUUUAUUCUUAUGCUUCGCGAUGGCAGGGCAACCGUACACUCUAUGAUUUCCCGCAAGGUGACUAUCACUGGGUUUGACUUGACGAGCUAUCGGGACUGUUUGGUGAAGUGGAACCGGGCGGUGGAGGUGAUGUAUGACCAGUGCCUGGCUGCAGCGGAUGGCAACUGUCUGCCCGUGCACUACGAGCAGCUGGUGCUGCACCCCGAGCAGGUCAUGCGCAUGCUGCUUCAGUUCCUGGAUCUGCCGUGGGACACCGCCGUGCUGCACCACGAACAGCUUAUUGGGAAAGCUGGAGGAGUUUCAUUGUCAAAGGUGGAACUGUCAACUGAUCAAGUAGUCAAGCCAGUGAAUACGGAGGCUCUGUCUAAAUGGGUGGGCAAGAUCCCUGCUGAUGUGGUGAAUGAUAUGGCCAACCUUGCUCCGAUGUUAAGUCGCUUAGGUUAUGACCCUCUGGCCAACCCGCCAAAUUACAACAAGCCUGAUUUCUUAUUUCUGAACAACACAAAAAUAGUGAAGUUAAUCCAAAAUUAAAAGGCCAUCUGUGGAUACAACCUGGGAAUACUUGGAAGCAAUAAACAUUGUGCAUUUUAUGAGCACGCAAAGCCUCUACUUGAAUUAACAACAUGUAGGAUGACAAAACAGAGCCACAAGCACUAUUGAUGCUUAUGGCAAGAGUUUCGUAAAUGUUUUAAAAUCUAGUUUUAAUGAUGUAUUGUAAGUCGUUUUUCGAUUAAAUUUACUUUAGAUGUUUUUUGUAUAGAUGAUGCUAUGGUGUUGCUAAUAAUGUCAGUCUAAUGACUGUAUUGUGGUUGUCUUUUUUAUUAUUAUUUUUGUAUGUGUUAAUGCAUGUGUGGCAUUGCAAAUGUGUCCAAACAAGUCUGAUUAUCACACAGGAAACUAUGCUUGUUGGAAGAGGAAGUCAACUGUUACACAGAAUUACCACUUUUUGUUUUGUUCUCUUUUGACUGCAGGAGUUCAAAGGAAGUUUAGACAUGUUUCUCGAGUUAAACUUUCAAAGACAAUCUCAUUUCGCUGUAUGCCUUUUAUUAUGAACUUAUGAAUUGCAUAUUGACAAAUGUGGUCCAAAUAUUAAGUGUGUAUCUGCAGGUCAGAGUAAUGGGUGUGCCGAAAGAUAAGGGGCAUCUCCAAAGUUCUUUGAAAGUUGUGAAGGGUGUAAGAUAGAGUUAGGGGUUUGGCACAUACGUUUCUCCAAACUGUAGCUAUUCCUGUCUUUAAAUAUGAAAGACUUUUUGAUCUCUAUGUGGAUAAACUCACAGUCCUCAACAUACUUUCAUAAUAAAAGUCUAGUAACAUUGGA